AUGAAGCACAGGGGUUCCAGCAGCAGCCAACUCUCCCCUGGUGCAAUAGCCGGCAUUGUGAUCGCUGCCCUGUUUGUUGUAGCGCUGAUACCUCUCACCGUAAUCUUCAUUCUCCGCAAGAAGAACAAGAACAACACUCCAACUCCCACAAAUCCUGUAUAUGAUAAUACCGGUGCCCAGGCACCAAACACUUAUGACCGUAUCAUUAUAGGAUCAACGGAGAACAUGGCAAGAAAUAAGCCCCAGGAAUCCAGCUAUCAGGAACUUCAAUUCCCACAUACUGAUUUGUAUAAUAACUUCAGGAAAACUCCCAGAUAAUCCAGUUUAUUCCCAGCGUUGGAUACAUAAGAUAAAGAGAUAAAUUCCCCCCAGUUGCUACUAAUGGAGCACACAAGCUGUGGGUCAGAAUACAGACUUCUGUUUCUUGUCUUCUCAGCAGAACAAAACAACAAUCACAAAGAGACUUUCAUUUCCCCAGACAGUACUGAAAGCAGUCUCAUAUGGAGACAUCAGUGGAAUCUUUACCUAAUCUGCCCUAUAGAAGUGAGUUGGGGCAGGUCUGGAACUGAAGCUUUUCCAAAUGGGACAGAUUUGUUUAGUGCAUGUUGAUACUGUAUGUAAAGCAUGAGUGUCAUGUAGAACACAAUAAAACCUGUGUAACUGAAAUUGUUACAUAAACAUCAGUGAGGCUUCUGUAUAUCACACAAAAUGAGGUUUUUACUCUUUGUAUCCAGAUAUUGAUAAAAUCCUGACUUCAACCUUGA